CAAAAGUGAUCUCUAAGAAGGUAUAAAAAGUGUGCAAUAUCACAAGCAUUUCAGAGCGCCUCCUUGCAACUUGCUGGGACGACUGACUGAAUCAGACGAUUGGGCGUGAAUCGGGAGAUCACUUCAUUGGUGCCCUGAAAUUAGAGCGGUCGGGCGCCAUAUAAGCAUUUUCAUAACAAAUUGAUUCUAAUUCCAAAGAUGAGUCCAAGCGCCAGAAGAUGUCUUCUUUGCUUGCUUCUGUUGUCUGACCAGUUGUAUUGUCACCCUUUCGCCCUACCACCAGUGGACUCCCAUUCUGGAAGCAGUAAUGGGUUUCCAAUUCACCUUGAUGGUCAAAACAUAGAGUCAACAUCGGAUUACCAAGAUGUUCCUACUUCAGAUGCUAACCAAGAAGAGACUGAAUCAUAUGAAAGGUUACUUGACAAUGUUUUCCAAGAUCCCCACUUAAAAAUGAUUAGGAACAAUAUCACUUGUAAUGACUUGAUAGGUACAGCUAUGUUAGAUGAAAUUAUUUCUUUGCCCUUCGCUAGAGAUUUCACAGAUGUAGCCCUUGCAUUUGUGCUGGGACAGCUGGGGUGCACAGAAGAGAUCAAACCUUUUGUUUUCCAGCUGAUAGAUGAUUUAGGCAUUACAGGUAAUGAACGCAUUCUAUUACAAAUCAAAGAACUGAUUGAGCAAUCAGAUAUGAACGCUCCAAUUAGAAAAGAAAACACUGACAUCAGUCAUGUUAAUGCUAUCAUAUUUAACAUAAACCAAAUCACUGUACAGGCCCAAAAUCUAAUUGAAAUGGAAAGUAACAAUGAUAAUGCAUCCUCUGUUAAACUAUCAGAUAAAUGUCAAGGACUUGUACAAAUUAAUGAAUCAUCCCUUAACGGUCCUGUUCUCAAAAGCCACAAGGUGCUAUUUAAUGCCACAAGUAUGUGUGAAGAUCUAGGUCAUACUUGUGCUGGAGUCCGCCUCAGUAUAAAUGGGACUUUUGAAGUUAUUGAGAGGAAAGACAACUUCUUACUUCCUCAGCGCAGUUCAGUUUCCUGGAUUCAUGAAUGUGUUGAACUUCAGUUUGAAAAGGGUCAUUACAUAAGCAAAAGGCAUGCUGGAUGUUCAGAUGAAAACGAGGAGAAAGCAUAUAACGUAAUACAGUGGAUACCUAUUUUAAGCUCAUUUUACAGCCUUGGCACUUCAAUUUAUUUUGCUGCAAAGGACUGUCCAGAUGUAGCUAAGGAAAGGGCGAUAGAUAUAGCCAUUGACCUUGGAACAGACUUAGCUGUUGCGCUUACCGGUGGUGCGGCCAGUGCUGCUGUUUAUGGAGCAAAAACUGGCAUCAAGUUUGGCGCAAAGGCUGGACUUAAAGCAGGCAUACAGGGAGUGAAAGCAGGAAUGACGUCAGUUGUGAAAACAGCUUCAAAAAAGAGUCUGCCUGUGGGGCCAUAUCACAGCAUGAUGAAGGCUGCAGCACUGACAGCAGCCAGCAAUGAGAUCUACCUCAGAGAGGCCGAGCACUGGAACUAA